AUGUCCCACUCGAGCGAAUUUCUUGGUGAGAGAACCACCCCAAUGCCACGUGACUCUCUGGAACUCGUCGAGCAACAUGCAGCUCUGCUUAAGAGUCGCGAAAAAAGCAAGAAACGCACGCGCCUCCGGAGCCGAGUCCUGGAUGAAUGGAAAGCCGACAAGGUCUACCCGCAAGACAAACCGGCAUCAUACAACCCAACGUCACCGGGAAGGGAUGUGUUGAGUGGUGGAUAUCGCCGUUCAGAGUACCAGAUUGAAGUUCACAGCAGAGACUAUGCCAGGCUUGUGGUCAGGCGCAAGGAGAACCAUGAGGCCAAAGAUGACGUCGAUAGACUAGGUUCGAAGGGCGACAAGGACUCUAGUCGACCAGAAAAAGACGAGCUGCUGCCCCGGAUGACAACUGUGUCCAGACAAACGAUUCAGAGGCGGAAAGACAGCAGGGGGAACGAAACUCCGCCACCGAAACAAAACAACGGAUCCAAGCAACAAAGGCGUGAGUGGUUGGUCACGACAAACGACGAAGUCUCCGAUCUCAUCGUGAGAUUCUCCCCAUUGAAGUACAAACAGUGGGCUUCACACCGAGACCUCGAGGAGCUGAGCACCAAGGACGAAGCAGAAAGAAGUUCUUGA